AUGCACGACGUGUGUCGAGUGGUGGUGACGGGCAUCGGCACUGUCUGUCCAUUAGGGGUGACCACAGACCAGGUGUGGUCUAACCUCAUAGCAGGCAAGUGUGGUGUGAGUGGAGUGGUGGGAGAGGGCUAUGAGACGAUUCCCUGCAAAGUGGCCGCUUAUGUGCCGACCGGUGAUGGCUUUGAUUUGAACCAAUGGUUUACAGCCAAUGAGUUGAGGACUCUGUCGAAGGCAACCAUUUAUGCGUUAAUAGCGGCCGAACAGGCCUUAAGUGACGCCAAUUGGAGGCCCACCACUGAUAGGGACAGAAGGGAUACGGGUGUGGCGGUGGGCACCGGUAUGAUCGACAUGAAUGAAGUCAUACGCAAUGGUGAGGCGCUCAGUAGCCAAGGCUUUCGUAUGGUUUCCCCACAUUUCGUGACC